AUGUACGACAUCGACGACUAUACCUACGAUGAGGAUGCAGUCCAGAUGUCGGUGACCAAAGGACAGCGACGACGUGGUGCCAAGCCCGUGCCCGAGCCGCGCGGCGGCGACCGGCGCAAGCGCCAAGGCGGCGUCUCGGCCAACCAUUUGCUCAACUUUUCGCUGCCCGAGCGCGAAGAGAAGGCGGUCGCGAUGCGCAAGAAGAAGGCGCCGCCGCCGCGCACGCGCGACGAGUUCCUCCACGCCAACUACCGCUUCGUGAUCGCGCCGCUUGCGAGCGAGAAGGCCGCGAACGUCCUCUUUGACCCCGAGGCGCUCACCGCAUGGGACAAUGUCGAGCAAGUCAUCGUGACCAACGAGCAGUCGGAGGCCGACCGGCGCUGCCCGAUCUGCCUCGAUACGCUGCGCGCGCCAAAGAUCACGCGCUGCGGCCACACGUUCUGCUGGAGCUGCAUUUUGAUGUACUUGUCGCUCAGCGAAAACUACUGGUGGCGGUGCCCCAUGUGCUUUGACUCGGUCAAGAAGACGGACCUGCGCAGCGUCCUCGUGGACCGCGAGCGCAGCAUGCCCAGCGUGAAUCGUGCCGCAACAUUUGCGCUCCUGCAUCGCUCCAAGGGCAGCUGGUUCCCGCACUUGCCGACGACGGGCUCCCGAAGCGGCGUGCCGUCUGUGCACAGCGACGACGGGCGCUUUAGCCGGAUCCUCGAAGCCUCGGCUUCGUACCUCCGCGAGAUGGUCGAAGGCGAGCUCCUCGACCUGCAGCGGCUCCACGUCGAGGCCGAGAGCAGCGGCGAGCGCAACAUGCUGCCCGUGAUCCAAGAAGGUAUCACGUUUUGCGAGAAGCAGCUCGAGAAGCAAGGCUCGGCGUCCGCAUCGGUGCCAAUCAAGACCAGUGACGACGACGCGUCCGAGCUCUACACGUUUUACCAGCUCGCGAACGGCCACACGGUGUUUCUCCACCCUAUCACGAUGCGCUGUUUGGCCAAGGAGUUUGGUGACGCGCUCCCGUCGUCCCUCGGCGGCAAGGUCCUCGAGCUCGAGCACGUGGUCAUGAACGACGAUGCGCGCAAGCGGUUCCGGUUCCUCAGCCACCUCCCAGGCCUCUGCGACUUUUACCUCGCCGAGAUUGAGCUCAAGGACACUGUCUCACCCGAGACGCUGCUGCACUUUCAGAGCGACCUUAAGAAGCGGGCUCGGGCGCGCCAAGCCAAGAAGCGCGCCGAGGUGCACGAAGAACGCAAGCGCCUCGACGCUGUCGACGCGCGGCUCGUCAACCUCACGCUCGAGAACGAGAUGCUGUGGCCUGCGCCGCAGCCGACGACGCUCGUGUCGUCCUCGUCUUCGUUUCACGCGUCGGACUUUGCGCUGGACGACGCCGACGCGUUUCCGAGUGAGCUCUCGCCGGACGUUCCUGCUGCUGCGUACGCAGAGCCAGCAGCGUCGUGUUGGGUGACGCCGGCCGUGAGCACGGCAAACAUGAAGUUCAAGAAGACGACCAAGAAGGGCACGUCGCUCUUCUCGACGUCACAGCGCCGCAACUACCGAUAGCUUGUGCUCUAGAAAGAGCCCAUUUCAGCGCACUUGUAAAAAGUUGAUACAUGGCAUUCCAAAUGCAA